AUGGCAAGUCUAGAAGCAGCGUUCACUGGUGCGGUUGCUUCAUCAGUGGCUAAUGUGGCCGUUUACCCUUUGGAUUUAGCAAAGACGUUGUUGCAGACUCAAUUGAAACAGUCUGCUGAGAAAGUCGAGCCUAUUGAAGAGAAUGAAACGUAUGAUAAUACGUUGGACUGUAUCUUAAAAGUAUACAGAAAAAGAGGUCUAUCAGGUAUGUACCAGGGAAUGUCAACGUCCGUUCUGGCCAACUUCAUUCAGAGUUUCUGCUAUUUCUUCUGGUAUACCCUGGUAAGGAAGUACUAUUUUAGAUUCAAAUUCACCAGGGCAAAAUUUAAAGGAAAUGUCAGAUUCUCGACUAUCGAGGAGUUGUUGUUGGGAAUGGUUGCAGCAGCAACUUCACAACUCUUCACUAAUCCUAUAUCAGUGAUUUCUACGAGGCAACAGACUAUAGAUUCAAAUGGUGAGGGUGCCAAUACGUCUGCAAUAGUCAAACAAAUCUUGAAAGAAAACAAUGGCGAUAUAAGAGGGCUCUGGAGGGGUUUGAAAGUAUCUCUUGUUCUGACAAUCAACCCUUCGAUCACAUAUGCAUCCUAUCAGGAGUUAAAGAGACUCAUGUUCUCAGUCGAUGACUUUUCUGUGACUGGUCAAGAAUUGUCAGCUCGACAAAAUUUCUCCCUAGGUGUUUUAUCCAAGAUGAUCUCAACUGUUAUCACUCAACCUUUGAUUAUUUCGAAAGUUUCGUUACAAAGAGCAGGUUCUCAUUUUACAAACUUUCAACAGGUUAUGUUUUACCUCUACAAGAAUGAGGGACUAUUAUCGCUUUGGAAAGGGCUAAGGCCACAGUUAGCCAAGGGAGUUCUAGUGCAAGGAUUACUCUUCAUGUUCAAGGGAGAACUCACAAAAAUUUUGCGUAAGGUGAUCUUUUUGUAUUCGAAUUUCCUUAUCAAAAGACAUUAA